AUGGACCGCCUUGGUGCUCUUGAGCUUGCGGCCUUGACUGGAGAAUCUAAGCAGCUAUACGAGGACAUAAAAAACUAUUUCGAAGGCAAUGUCAACUACACAUACAGACUAUGCAAUGGACAAAUGGUUGGACCAUUCGGCAUUGAAUUACAUACACCAGGGGCUGGAUACGCCUGGCUCAAGAUGACCAAGUCCCUGGCCGAGAUCACAGAGCUUCCGCCACUGGCCCGUGAGGUCGCCAUCCUUCGUAACUGGGAACCACGAAGCGGCUGCCUACGAAAUCUAUGCCCAUUCGGCGGUGUCCAAGCUUAG